AUGGCGAGAUAUUCCCAACCGUCAUCAUUUGACUUCUAUCAACAAUCCCCUACUACCUUGGAUGCCAAACCUGCAUUUCCCGAAGAGGAUGAGAUGAGUGUAUUAGACGACAAGAUCCUGGACUCUACUUCCCCCGACAUGGCUUCCUCCGCUGCCGACCACCGCAGACCCUCAUAUGACCAUGUACCCGAUGCAUACACGCAUCGAGAUUCCGUCUGGUCCGACUUCUCUCAUUCUGUCUCUAGCACUCAGUCCCGCCACAACUCCCAAGUCGGCCACCCGUUCUUUGAAUCCGCCCCCAAUCCUUUCAUGCGCGUCGACGGCGCUCACCCGGCCGCAGCAUACGCUCAGCAGGCCUCGUGGUCCCUGUCUAAAGACUCGGGCGCAUGCACUCCCACCGCCAUGUACGAGCACUUCCCUUCCGAGAUGGACCACAGCGCCUCCGCCCCGUUCGCAGGCGGCGCCGUCGGUCCCGUCAGCACCAUCAGCAUCCCCUCCAUGUCUUACCGGCCCGGCAUGGCCUUCGCCCACCCGGCCGCCGUGGCUAUGUCGCCGCAAUCGAGUCAGGGUUGGAUGCCUGCCGCCACCGACAUGGCCGAUGCUGUGGCCCGUCCAACCAAGAGUCCCACCUACCGCAACAGCUCCCCGUUGAGCAUGCGCCGGGACGGCAUCCGCAAGAAGAAUGCCCGCUUCGAGAUCCCUGCAGAGCGGACGCUGAGCAACAUUGACCAGCUUAUCAGCCAAUCGACCAAUGAGGAGGAGAUCAAGGAACUGAAACAGCAGAAGCGGCUGUUGCGAAACCGCCAGGCGGCGUUGGACUCCCGCCAGCGCAAGAAGCUGCACACGGAAAAGCUGGAAGAGGAGAAGAAGCAGUUCACGCAGAUCAUCAGCGACCUCGAAGAGGAGCUGCAGAACAUGCGCCUCCGAGAGGCGGAGCUCCUUCGCGAGAAGAGCGAAUGGAUGGCCGCUCAGCAGGAGAUCACCCAGUACAUCAACACGAUGCACAUGGAGAAGGAUGAGCUGAUUCGCGUGCACACCCUCGAGACUGCUGAGCUUCGUAAGAAGAACAACAUUCUUAAGGAGACCGUGGAGAAACUCGAGCGUCACGCCAGACCCUCGGCCCCCUCGAAUCUGCCCUCGGAGUUCUCUGACUUUGAGAACUUGACGAUGGACAGCAGCCCUUGGGAGGACUUCACCAUGGUCAACAGUCUCUCUCUGGAUGCCGAGGCAGUUGCCGCGCCGUCUGCCCAGUCGACUUCGAUGGUUGUCGCAUCGAACGAGAAGGAUAAGGCGAACAGCGACUACCCGUUCAGCUGGAAUGCGUUCUACAUGUGCCUGCUGUUCGGCGCGUUCGUGGCCUCGAACGGCUCCUCGCUUUCUGCCCGCUCCAUGCCUCAGCUCUCGGAGGAGUACCGCGCGGAAUCAGCCAACGUGCUGAAGGCCGUGCUGGCGUCGUCUCCUCCCGAGCUCGCCCAGCCGAUGGGCCAGGCCGCCGUCGCCCCCUCCUCGGCUGCUGGCGUUAUGCCCAGCACCAUUACUGGCGCCCAGAUGGCGCAGAUGACUGGUACUGCGGCGCCGUCCAACCUUGAUGAGCUCCACAGCGCACUGGUCAUGCCCUCCAAGCAGCAGGAGCAGGAGCAGGUCUUUGCUCUCAAUGCGGACCAGUACAACUCUUUGACUACUUACGAUGAUGCUGGUGUUGAGUACAAGCAACAGCAGCCAUCGAACCUGCAACAAGCCCUGGCUGCCAUGAGAGGCAGUGUCCAGAGCAAAUUGUCGACGAAGGCCACUUCCGACGUCUACUCACGGUCUCUAAUGUGGGACCGGGUCCCUGAAAAGGUGAUCCGGGACUUCCGCCGCAUGGUCCAAGCCUGUGGUGUCUCUCCGGUCAAGGAAGAAGACGCCAGUUUUGGUCACUAG